AUGCAUCCGAUGAUCUCAUGGAUUUGUGGUGUGCAAAGUGUGGCGAUGAACAUGCAAACGGCUGGUGAGGAGCUCGACCUCAAUACAGGCUUGUUCCGUGUGAACGGCAACUGCGGCUACGUGCUAAAGCCUGAAAUGCUGUUGAAAGGAAUUGACCCUCGUAGUGUCAUCAAACCAAAAGUGAACCUGGGAAUCGGCAUCAUCAGUGCGCAAUAUUUGCCGAAAUCUGCACCCGGAAAGGAUAUUAUUGACCCCUAUGUGACAGUUCAAAUCUUUGGUGCACCAAGAGAUGAAUUGAAGUGGAAAACAUCAGUCAUAAGAAAUAAUGGGUUCAACCCUAUUUGGAACCAGUCCUUCGACCAGAAACUCUAUUGCCCUGAAAUAGCCAUGUUGCGCUUCUGUGUCAAAGACUUUGAUUCCACUACAAGCAAUGAUUUCAUUGGCGAAUUCUCUAUACCGCUGUCCAGUGUGCGAAGAGGUUGGUUCUGUAUCCAGUUAUUUAGAGGCAAAUCCACGAAAAUGUAA